GGCCUGCGAUUACCUACGAUGAUAAUAAUUCCAACACUAUAGCUCUUCCGCGAACGCCGCACCUGUUAGCAUUUAACGACUUGGCUAACAGGACCGACACGGGGGCCUCUCAAAGGGGCCUCGCUACAUUAUUGAACUUUUGCUCGGAAGUCCAACGUUAUUCGAGCACAUGGACGUGGACGGCUGCAUUUUAUCGGCAGGGAGGACCGUCUUUGACCUGCUGGAGCGGGAGUGGCAGCCUCUGUCCGCCGCCGAGCUCGACCGGCGACUGGACCAGGCCGUGGAGCUCGUGCUCGAAGCGGACCUGAUCCACAAAGUCAAAGAAACCAGUGAACCUCCGCCAAGGAAUGACGCAGCUACUACAGCCACCAGCACCGGAGAGCAAGCGGCAGAAAAGGGGCGGGAGGACGAGGAGGCAGUCAAGUACGUGACUGCUCUCCUGCGGGACUCCCAAUUCCGAAGCCGCGUGGCCGGUCGUGCCCGCCUCUCGUUGUCCCAGACGGUCCCGCUGUGCCUCGCGCUGCUGUCCCACCCUGUCAGCUACCGUGCUUUGUCCCGCUUGUAUCGCCUAGAGAAAGGCAACAUCCAUCGCAUAUUCUUCUUAUUCUGCCAGAGCGUCAACACACUGCGGGGCGAGCACAUUCGCUGGCCAUUAGGCGAUGAGGCAGAGGCAGUCCUCUUCCCUCUCUCCGGAGUGCUGGGACAGGACAACAAGCGGGCGGGAGAAGGCCAGCGCAUCCCUCGGGUGUUGGGAGUUUUGGGGCACACCCGCAUUCCCAUCCGGCUGCCACCCAGAAAAGACAGCGCCGAGCCAGAGGUGAAGAGAACGAAGAAGACAGAAGAACGCCCCGCUUCUUGGCUCCAUCUUGAGUUGGUGUGCGACCGUACGGGGCGCUUCCUCCACUGCCGUGUUGGGAACAGCCGGGAUGUGGACCGAGGCGGCGCGCUCAAGCUUGAAUCUCACCCGAUGCCUCCCGACACGGUGAUGCUGGCCCGCGCUGGAUACCCGCUCACCGCUCGCAUUUUGACUCCGUAUCCGGGAGGAGGCGGGAUGAGGGAGGAGCGCUUCAAUGCCACGCUGGAGCCGCACUUCGGAAUCCUGGACCGGGCCGUCGCGAGCCUGACUGGACGAUUCCAAAGACUCCGGCAGCUGGAUGUGGGGAAUUCUAGCCGAGCGAGAGCAGUGGUGUUGAGCGCCUGCGUCCUCCACAACAUGCUGAUGGCUGUCGGACACGUGCCUCAUGGAGAAGUCAAAGAGGCGGGAGAUUUUAGUCAUGAGGGAGAAGGCGAGGAGGAUGAGGCGGGUGUACUCCUCCGGGACGCCGUCCUGGAAAUGUUACAUUCUGGGAAUUUGUGAGAGCUUCUGUGUGAUGAAUCUUUCUUUAACUGCUUGUGUGUUAUGUUUGCUAAUUUAAUGUAUGCCUUUGCUUUCUAUACAGAAGGUGAUUUGGGAUAUUGGAAAAAAGUUUUUUUCAAGAAGAAAGAAGAGUUAUGAGAAUAAAGUUGGAUAUGUUUUUUUCAAAGUAGAGAAGUCAUAACAUUACAAUAAUAAACUCAGAUUGUUUUGGAGUAAAAGUUCUAGUAUUAGAAGAAAGAGCAGUAUUUUUUAAAAAGAAAAUACUGGUAUAUUUUUAUGAAAAUAGUCUUGUUUUCAAGGAAAAAGUUGUAAUAUCACUAGAAAACAACAACAAAAACACAGCAGUAUGACACCGAUGUAUUUUAUCUCGAAGAAUUCUAGUGAAGCCAUGCUGUUUGUGUGAUAGGGAGCCGGCACACCCAAAGAUCUUUUGAAUUGCCUAUGAAUGCCACAAGAUGGCAGGAAAGCUCAACUUUUGUCAAAGUGAAGCUAUUCAACUAACUUCAACAUGUUCCUUAGCACCAAGAGGCCACAAGAUGGGGCAAACCAAGACUUUAAUUGGUUUGGCAUGGGCACAAAAACAGCAACUAGGUGAGUUUUCCAACGAUUAAAAAAAUCUUCAAAUAUGUGAAUUUGCGAAUGCCGAACUGGUUUUAUAACCGUGGCGAUACUCAAGCAUAUUUGCUCUGUUGUCUCUAGAGGACGCUGUUGCUCCUAAUGGUGAGAUCCCACAGGUUAAAUAAACACCAAAAGCAGAUUAAUUAUGAAAUUUGAGAAAUCAAACAUUUCAGCUUUUAUUUAAUAGAAUGAAUUUUGGAAUCAAAGUGUAAAAAAAAAAAAAAUUAUUACAUUAUGUAUAAAAAAAUUAAAACGCUAUUAUUAGAUUUUGGCUUAAUGUUCUUUGUGCCAUUUUGAUACCUCGUAAGGCGUAGCAGCAGUAACAAAGUUUAAAUAUUUUCCUAGCAUUAAUGGGAAAGAUCAGAUUUUUUUUUUGUGAGGAUUCUCCGCAUGUGUUUUAGUUUAUAUCAGCUAGCACAAGGUGACAGGAUGUUGUCGGUAUUCAAAUGCGUGGUGCUGUGGGAAGACGAGGCACAUAGAUGCAUUUCCUCGUGCAGAUUUAGAAUUUAGCUGAACAUGUCUGCUGUGUGUGCAUGUCUCAUCUCCGUCCUGUGUUUGUUCUGCACAACUCGGGCUGAAACAGUGGAGAACAACAACGUGAUAUGGAAACAAGUUGGCGGAUCCGUGUCCAUCCAGUGCAGAACUUCUCAACAGGACCUAACGUACAUGAUUUUGAUCAAAGGCCUCAAGAAGGAGGACCAAGUUCUCUACAUGACUUCCCAUAAAAACACCAUCGCUGAGCAGUUCCGCGGCAGGCUCCGGGUGGAGGGAGCCUUACCGAAUGUGGACGUGGUCAUUUCAAACUUUACAUCAGAAGACACAGGGCCGUAUUGGUGUGCCUACGAGGGGUUUGAUAAGCAAACAUCUGAACGAAAGCAGGUAGAGGGCAAUGGCUCGAUGCUCCUGGUGGUUACAGAUGAGAAGCAGUGUGCCAAACCAAACAAAAGUCUUCUCCUGGUGACUGUUGUGGUUUCGGCUGCCGUGCUGUUUGGAGUCUUCAUGGCUUUCCUCCAAUGGAUCAUACUCAAGAUCAAACAGUGGCACGCCAAAUAUGGGGCAUGGCACGGAGCCACCAGCGAUGUUUACGAGGACAUGCGCGCAACGAUGCGAUCUUAAGGACGUCCUGCAAGUGCGCUACGACAAAAGCACAAGAGCAAGCGUUGCAGCAACCCUGCACGCAUGGCUCUGAAUGAACCAAUCAGGUACAUGAAAAAUAUGCUGACUGUGCUAGGCAAUUUGCUUUAUGUUGUUUUUAUGGUUAUUGUGAAUGCCGUUUAGAAAGUACUCUAUGCUAGUAUAUGCGUAACUAUAAUUAUACAUGUCCAUAUAUGCAAGUAUGAGGCAUGUACACUCACCAGACACUUUAUUAGGUACACAAUCGAAUGAGAUCCAAUACACGAGCUGUUUGAAAAAGUCUGACUUGACAAACAUAAUAAUGCUCAGUUUUGAUUGACUCUGUAAGUGAGGUAAUAAUUUCACAUAUUUAUUAUUGUAGUUGUACAUGAUGAUAUUUUGGUUAUCAAAAUUUUAUAAAACGGCACUCCAUAUGAUACAGUGCCGUCAUACAUCCAUCCAUCCAUUUUCUGUACGGCUUAUCCUCACGCACGUUGAAUUAAUACCCGUCUAAUAGUUUCAAUUAAAACUGAACAUUAAUAUUUUUCUAGAGGCAGAGUUGUGGAUAUAUGUCUUGUAUUAGAUCUCGUCAGAUUAGGCAGAUGUGCUUACUGUUGUGUCCGGUGACUGUACAUUGCACGUUAUCGUAUAUUGUGGUGUAAUGUCAUUCAGUAUUCAAUGAGAGAAUUUUCAUUGUGUGUGUGUUAAGACUAAAGGACAGGCUUGAUUGAAGAAAUAAAAUGUAUUCUUACAGCAAACAGAUAUCAGAAAAAGGUCAAAUGAAGCUGGUAAUUUAUUCCAAAUGUGACUCAAUUUACAAAUAACACUGUAAUGUACUUGUGCAAUGUGUGCAAAGUACAGUAUGUGAACAACCUCAAUAACAUUCCAGAUGGUGAACAAUGAUUCAGUACCACCAUAAUUCAAGGCCUGUCAGACGCCUUGCUGCUGUGAUUGAUAACCUUGUAAUGAUGGUGUACAUUUAUGUACAGCCUAAAAAAGGAAAAAAGAAACCUCAGGGGAAUUGUUGUUUCAAAAAAAAAUAAUAAUAAUAACAGUCCAAAAUAUUUGUUCGAUCGAAACUGUAGUCGUGCAGAUGGAUUGCUUGUAAUAAAGUCAACUUUUUCAAAAAUAUGACUCCUAAUAAACCAUACACACAACUGCCUUGAAAUGUUCAGUUCUAUCAUCCAUCCAUCAAUUUUCUAUGGCAUUCGCGGGUGAGCUGGAGCCUAUUUCAGCUGACUUUGGGUAAGAAAUGGGGUACACCCUGAAAUGGUCGCCAGCCAAUUGCUGGGCACACAUAGACCCACCCUCUGAUAACUACUAGAAUAUCUGAACUUUAUUUGUGGUUAAUAAGAGACACUUUAAAUGGUGGCAGGAGUGUGCUGACUUCAAUUUAGCAAGAGUUUGGAUGUGAUUGGUUAAUUCUGAUUGGUUAAUUCACAGCCACACACAGCCACAGACCCCAGUAAGUGGGUGCGCACACACAUAUUAUCUCAAUUGUUUAUUUUUAACACAGGAUUUUUAUUGAAUUUAAUUUUGUGAUAUAACCACUGUGGAUAGGAUUUACUUCAUCCACAAGUGAAGUUUCGGCUGCCGUGCCGAGAGUUUGAACAUGCAUUUGACCUUUUUUUUGUUUGUUUUUGAAGAAUUGUUCACUAUCUGCUGCCUUCCCAGUUAACAUGGAAAUUUGACUUCGAAAGCCGUCAAUGGCAGUGAAUGUGAACAAAAACAAAACGAUUUGAUCAUCAAACUACCAUGAGGCUUUGCAGAAACUACUCGAAUGUAUUAUUAAUCAAAACUAAGCAUCAUUAUCCUUGUAAAGUGAGUUUGUAAGUACCUUUGAGUAGAAAGUAUAGGCUUGUGUAGACGCAUAAGAAGAUGAACACAUCAUGACUCAGGUUCCUGAAAGCUUGCAGUAAGAGGUAUGCACACAUCUGCUUUGUAGUGCAAAAUGUUCCCGAACAUGAAAUCAGCCCAUUUGUCUCUGCUGAACGUUGAGUGACGGCUAAAGAGCAGCACAAACAUCAUCCGUGGCCCAGUCCAAAUACAAGCUAGAGACGCUUUUUGCGAGUCAACACGGAAAUGUCACAAAACAAAUCUCUCGUCAAGCUUGCAGCUCGAUGUUUUUGCUCAUGCGGUGCAUUUGUGGCCACGAGCUGUGAAUUACCUGACCGGGUUGUGUCAACAACACAAGCAUUUGAACGUCUUCUUGUGAGCAAGCGGAAACCAAGACCCCCUCACGGAGACGCACUUUCCAGCCGAGGGGCCCGAAACAUCAAUACCACAAUG